GGAACCUAGAAAAGGGAGCGCAGGUUCCCCCUGAGGCAACAGGAGACGACCACAUACUGCUCCACUCCACACUCUCAUCACAUCUGCCUGACCUCACACUGCCGGGGCCGCUCACUAUACACCAUUUUUGUGCUCAUCAUGGUCCUCUGGGCUCUGAUGUUUGCUGUGGUCGUCGUUGAAUAUGUGUGUGGAAAACCUUGGUUACCUCCUCUGACCAUGAAAGACGGCUGCUACCUGGUGAAUCCAGAGGUGGAGAUAUUCAGGGUGGAGGGUGAAGCUGUGAUCGUCUCCUUCCCGGUGUUCAAGAGUGUCCUCAGAGUCCUAAACAUCGCCUCCCCAACAGCAAGGUUCCUCAUCACCAAGGACAAUGAGACAGGGGGCGUGGCCUAUGAGAGCGACGGGCGCGUCCAGCAGCGUGAGAAGCAGCUGUGGCUCCUCCCAUCUCAGGCUUCAGACUCAGGGGAAUAUAUCUGCACUUACAGGAAUGACACCUACUGUAUCACUGGGAAAAUCACACUAGAAGUGUUCGAGUCCAGCUCUGUGGAUAUGGAGAAAGUGUCUUAUCCAAUCUCAGCCAUGGUGGGAGAGAGGCUGACGUUCAGAUGCCCUUCGCUGAGUGACUUCAACAGUACAGACAGACUGAUAGAGUGGUACAAGGAAAACAGCUCCACUGCUUUUCAGUCAGGCAGAGCGGGCUCCCUCCGCCGGGACAGUGCUAACCUGAUGAUCCCUGCAGUGAGCUGCUCGCAUGCAGGCGUGUACACCUGUCAGCUCAGAGUGCUCAUCGACCAGCAGCAGUACAAAGUCAGCAGGGUCGUCCUGCUCCGUGUGCAAGAACCAGAACCACAGAUCAGUACCACUGCACCUCGCGUCUCUGUGACCUCUGACCCUGAGAGAAACAGCACCAGCAGCUACAACACUGAUCAAGCUUCACCACCUGUGAUUGUUUCGCCGUUGAACGGGAGUAUUUUUGAAAGUCCACAUGGUUCAGGACUGGAGCUGUUCUGCAAAGUGCUCACCAGAUGUCACCAGGCAGAUUCCACUGAGGUCACAUGGCUCGUCAACGGCCAAUCAGUGGAGUCAUCGUACCUGGAUGGGCGGGCACUGCAGGGGGGACGAAGGGUAACCAAGGUGACAGAAGGCUGCCAGAUUGAGUUGAGGCUCUUUGUCGGGGGGAUAACGGAAGAAGAUGUGAAGACGGAGCUGAAGUGUGUCACUCAGAACCAAGCAGGAAGACAGGAAGUAGUGGCCCAGCUUCAUCUGGAGGACUCCACAUUCACAUGGCUGGUGGUCGCUGCAGUGGCUGUGUCCUGCUUCCUCAGUGUGGUUUCUGUUUUCCUUUACGUCCUCUUCAAACCCAACAGGAAAAGGAAACUGGAUUACUUUCUGGCUCGACAGAACAGCACCUUCUAACUCCACAAACACCUCUUUGUGUGCUACAUAGAAUAAGUCUGUCAUGCAUUGGGGUGCAUGUGAUGUUUUUUACCAACUCUCUUUCUUACAGGGAUUUAAUGUUUUUAAAUCAGGAGCUUUAUUCAGUGACAGUUACAUGCUGUCCUCCAUUUCUCCAUCCUCAUCUGCACAAGGACUUAGAGAAACUUUAUGUUCUCAUCUUGUUGGUGCGAUAGAAAAAUCUUGGUGGAAUGAAAACAGAAUAAUAGGCAGAUAUUCUGAUAUAUGGUCAAAUUCUGUGAGGGCUGCAACAUCUGCAUGUACAUGUAAACGACACAGAAGCUUAAGUUACUUUAUUUGUUUAAUUUGUGAUUUUAACACUCCAUCAGGAAUACACACUCAGGGGCAACUUUG